AUGCCGUCUCGACAGUCAACCGUGCCCAAUCUCGACCUGAACUCUUUGAAAACAGACUCCAACCACGGCAAGCUCUCCUCGCCUCUCACCCCAGGCGCACAAAGCUCCGAUGGCCUUAGCCCCUUGACACCACGCUCCCCAAAGUCCACCUCCAGUUCUCCGUUGUUCAAAGGCGCGACCAUUCGUCCAGUCACCGAGGACUCGAACAGCAAGGCCAACAGCCCGGCAAUUCCAACCUCGCCUGACGCCACGACCGCCGAACCUACCACCCCUGGUCUGACGGCCAUUCCUCAAUAUUUCCCCUCCCCAAAGGAUUCGCCGAAACACACCCGCGAUGCAUCCAAGUCAUUCUUUGGCAAUCUGAAGGCUCCGAAAUCGUCCCACCGGGCACAACGUUCAGAUAGCUCAGAGAACUCGACCGAGCCACCCAAGAGUCGAGGAAGCUCUCGAGACCGCAAGGCGCAAAUGGCACCUAAACUGUACGAGUCCAGCCCAGAUUUGCCGGGACUGAUUGCUCAGUCGGGCGAGGGCGACAAGAGUAAGUACAAACACCGCCGAAUUCCACGCUCUCUUCUUGCCGUGCACCGUUGGCCUAACAGUCCUUCAGAUGGCAACGCCUCCACCGAAAAGAGUACGCAACAAAGUGGUCACAAGAAGGCCGGGACGGACCCGGAUUCCGGACCCUCUAAGAAGGGAAAGCCGCGAUUCACCAGCCUCCUGACCCGCUCUCGAUCAAUCCGAGUGGAUGAGUCUUCGGGUAACAAAGCCGCCGGCCGACGUCCUUCUACAGGCCUUGCCAAGCUGGACGAGUUCAAUCAGGGAAACACCAACAACCCCCCGCGCUCCGCAACAACUCGCCCAGAACGACCCGCACAAGGUGGGCUAUACCCUCCGCCCAGUCGCCACGGAGACACGGCCUCUCUCAGAAAGGAACGAAGCCACGGAGGAUCGAUGGUCACGUCCGGCUCGCUCAGCCAGGUUUCUGGCGCAUCGGCCGCCAUUUUCAGCAAUCUGAAGCAGUCCUCGUCUGGAGCUGCGGAUCGGAUUGGAAAGGCCGGCAAGGGUUUCUUCGGCAAGAUCACCCGCAGCGGCAGUACGAACGAGCGUGAAUUGAUCAACGAUGACUCUUACGUAUGCUCUGUGAUCAACCUGCCAUUGAUUGAACAGGCCAGAAAAACUCGAAUUUGCAAGAAGCUGGAAGCAUGCCGGGACAAGACUGAAUUCUGGAUGCCCGCACUUCCGUACCGCUCGAUUGAUUACCUCAACUUCAAGGGCUGCGAGGAAGAAGGUCUCUACCGCGUGCCUGGUAGUGGCCGAGAGGUCAAGCACUGGCAACGACGAUUCGACACAGAGCUGGACAUUGACCUAUUUGAGGUGCCAGACCUGUACGACAUCAACACCAUCGGAUCUAUGUUCAAAGCCUGGCUCCGUGAACUGCCCGACGAACUCUUCCCCAAGGCAACCCAAGACAUGAUUGCCGAGAAAUGCGCGGGUGCCACGACUGCUCCACAGAUGCUCAAGGACGAACUGUCCAAGCUCCCGCCGUACAACUACUACCUACUCUUCGCCAUUACCUGCCAUCUCAACCUUCUACACUCAUACGUUGACCAAAACAAGAUGGACUACCGCAAUCUGUGCAUCUGCUUCCAGCCCUGCAUGAAGAUCGAUGCAUUCUGUUUCCAAUUCCUGGUCUGCGACUGGAAGAACUGCUGGCAGGGCUGCUGGACCGAAAAGGAAUUCGUUCAGAAGGAGAAAGAGAUGGAUGAAGCAGAGGAGAGGGCCGCAGCAGAGAAGGAAGCCGCUAGCCACCGGAGCGAGCCUCCCCAGUCCUCAUCCAGCCACGAGCGUGCUGUUUCCUCCGGCUCUAGUUCGCAAGCCGAGGAGGAGCGCCCUCGACCUGAAACAUCUCGCGGUCGAAAGGCCAAACCGAAGAAUAUUGAGACCUCUCAUACACGAAGUAUUUCCCAACUCCCGGAACUUGGUCCCCCACUUUCCCCGAUCAAAAUCUAA